CGAUACGUAAACGCUGUAACAUCGUGAUUACUUUUGACGAAAUACGAGGCCGUCUUAAUAACAUCGAAUGCAUUAACGCGUCAUUCGUUAGAUGCUGUAUUCGACUAUGAAUGCAAAGGACGUAUUCUUAAUUAACAGAAAUUCGUCCUAAUUCGGCCAAUUUUCGCAGCUCUUUGUUUCCCGCCUACGAUGAUUUCAACGACGAAUACGUCGUCUUAAUCGAGCAACUAGAGAACGUCUUGUAAACGUUCUGUAUGACGUUUAAUUUCUUCUGUCGUAAAUGCUUCGUAAAAUUAGAAAAAAUAUUUUACAAUACGCGCAUAGCAUAAAAAUCAGUUUACCGAUAGCGAGGCUAACGUUCGUUUACGAUUUACUGUUCAAGUAGCUUACAGAUACAGUUUCAGUCUCAGUGAAUGAACGAGGCUAAAAUGGGCUGUGCUUCGCAGUGUGCCAAGUAUUUUCUAUGUUUCUUCAAUUUCGUUUUCUUCGUAGCCGGAGGGGCUGCGUUGGCGGUUGGAGUUUGGCUCUUCGUCGAUAGCAAUUCUUUCACUGAUCUCGUCGGCAAACUCGAUCAGUCGGACAUUUUGAACAAAACGGACACCGACGUCAUCAGGAUAAUAUCGUACAUCUUGAUUUUGGCGGGAACGUUGACCUUUUUGAUCAGCUUUUUGGGCUACUGUGGAGCGAUGUUUGAAUCUCGGUGUCUUCUUUGUGUCUACGGUGUUCUUAUUCUCCUCGUUUUGAUCCUGGAAUCUGUUGUAGUAGGUUUGGCUUUUGGACUUAAAGGGGAUGCAGAGCAAAGUACACGAGAUUUUCUCAAGUCUACGAUCAAAUACUAUGCCAGUAACAUCGAUAAAACAGAGACAAUCACAGUGACGUGGGAUGGCAUAAUGACACAGCUUCAUUGCUGUGGAGUAGACAAUCAUUUGGACUUCCGAGAGAGUACAAAUUGGACAUCUACAGAUAAAAUUCUACCUGAAGCAUGUUGUAUAAAGGAAAACAAUAUUUUGAAGGAUCCAUCUUGCCCUAUCAGUCCUACUUCCAAUAAUUCUUAUUAUAAACAGGGUUGUUAUAGAGCAAUAAUGAGGACGAUCGAAGAAAAUGCGGCUAUAGUAAUCGGCGUUGCGACUGGAUUAGCAUUUGUCGAAAUCCUGGUUAUUAUUUUAGCUCUGCACUUGGCAUGCUGUUACUGGCGUCCACAACACGUUUUAACUUGUUGGUGUUGCUGUUGACCACAUGCAUUAACAGCGAGCUCUUCGUACCUUCUUCUUGGCUCCUUCCUUCAUAGAAGUGAAAAUUGGCUUAAGCUUACUUACUACUCGAAAUUAGGCCAGAAUACGUGUUCGUCAUCUACUCAAUUAUAUUUUAUUACUUCUCUAAAAAUAUUCGCAAAAGUGGAAAUGUUUAUCGAGUAAUAUUUUCUAUGAAUAUUUCAAAUAUAUGUAUCAUAAAUGUACAUUUUAAUUGGGCUAACAACAACUAAAAGGUAUAAGUACAAAAAUUUCAAAUGCAAUUGUUUUGUUUUUUCAAGCAGGACGCUCGAUAAUUUAGCUAGUUGUAUAAUUAGAAAAUUAAUCUAAUUAGUAAAAAGAUAUUGUUCAUUUUUUAAAGCAAACCAGUACAAAAACAAAUAAAGAGUUUAAAAGCAAGACACUACAGAAAAAUUA